AUGGCUUCCAGUCUCAACGUUGGGGCAGUCCGUUCUGGACUCGCACCUAGAUUCACCCAAGCCAAACCACGAAGCUCUAUACUACGACGAACAUACAGCUCGGCCACAGCCACCACACCACCAGUUUCACCAUUUGCUCCUCGACAUUUCCUCUCAAUUGCGGACCUCACUCCCGCCGAAUUCACAGCCCUUGUUCGCAAUGCCUCCUCACACAAAAAGACCAUCAAGAGCGGCUCUGUGCCACGCAAUCUGCUAGGCGCAUUAUCCGGCAAGACGGUAGCAAUGAUGUUUAGUAAACGAAGCACCCGAACCCGAGUCUCGACUGAAGGUGCUGUAGCUCAAUUGGGUGGUCAGCCCAUGUUUUUGGGCAAAGAUGAUAUCCAAUUGGGGGUCAAUGAGUCGUUAUACGAUACAGCCCUCGUAGUGUCGUCAAUGGUGUCUUGCAUUGUUGCUCGGGUUAAUAAACAUCAGGAUGUGGCGGAUUUGGCGAAGCAUUCUACAGUUCCCGUUAUCAAUGCUUUGUGCGACUCAUUUCAUCCAUUGCAGACUAUUGCCGAUUUUUUGACCAUUCAUGAGAAUUUCACUCCACGUUCCACUACGGGAUUGAGUAGUUUGGGCAUGGAAGGAUUGAAGAUUGCUUGGGUUGGGGAUGCAAAUAAUGUCUUGUUUGACAUGGCUAUUGCGGCCGCUAAGAUGGGUGUUGAUCUCGCUGUGGCUACGCCAAAGGGGUACGAGAUACCGUCUACUAUGGUUGAGAUCAUCAAGCAGGCGGGAGCAGGAGUAAAGUCACCAGGACAGCUUAUCCAGACGAAUGUUCCCGAAGAAGCCGUCAAGGAUGCCGAUAUCCUAGUCACGGAUACAUGGGUAUCUAUGGGUCAAGAGGAGGAAGCUGUCAAGCGAAUGAAGGCCUUUGAGGGUUUCCAAAUUACAUCUGAGCUUGCGAAGCGAGGAGGCGCAAAGAAAAAUUGGAAGUUUAUGCAUUGUCUUCCUCGUCACCCAGAAGAGGUCAGCGAUGAGGUUUUCUACAGCCAUCGCUCAUUGGUGUUCCCUGAAGCCGAGAAUCGGCUGUGGGCUGCUAUCUCAGCACUGGAGGGAUUUGUCGUUAACAAGGGAAAGAUUGAAGGCACAAAAGGGCUUAUGAAAAGCUUGAGUUCGCUCCAACACCGUAAGGUUUACACUGCAGGAGGUGGUAUUCUCGUAGACGGCAUUGAUUUGCGUGUUGAGGCUCGCAGCUUCGUUUAUCCGUCAUAUACGCUGGACAUGGCUUUUGGCAACAAUCUAAGGAGAACAUUCUCUUUGGACAUAUCUGGUGUUACCGGAGUUUCGAUUGGAGUUUUCCAUGAAAAUGAGAUCAUUUUCCGUCGUUCGAUCGGAUACCGAGACCUUGAGCAGAAACUGCCUGCAACAAGUGAUACGAUUGAUCCCAUUAGAUCUCUAUCCAAGGCAUUCACGGCUACCAUCUACGGUAGCCUCGUUGCUAAAGGAGUCGUAGACUGGGACUCGCUGAUCCGUGACGUCCUAUUAGAGUUUCCUAGCGGGCAUCCAGAAGUCGAGAAUCUCACUAAUGUCACUGGUCUCUUGUCGCAUUGGACUGGAAUCGCGGGAGGAGACUCGCUUUAUUUCCAUGUGCAGCCUCUUUUGAGUAAUACGGAACUCGUAGCUGCGUAUGCCAGUCCUCCACAGGUAGGGCCAUUCCGGUCAAAGGAUUGGUCGGCGGUUGCGAAUACGUGGCCAUUAUAUUUCGAAAGAUCGCAUUUGAUUGCAUCAGGCAGCAUAUGGAGCUCUAUCGACGAUCUUCUCACUUUCUAUCGAGAGAUAUUGAAUGAUGCAGCACAAAAGAUGAAUGGCGCCACGGAUGCAGAAGAAACACAGUCGCCUCUGAGGCAGCUGUCCACAAUAUUGACCGGUCAUACGUUCUUCCCCCCUCAACGCGAAUCACUCAAUGAACGUACACUUGGUUUGGGUUGGAUCCAAACCCAGCUACCAAGCAAGCUGGGGUUCAUAGGUCUAACACCCCAGAUUAUGAAAAGCAUGCCUACUAUCGGAUACAGGUUCACGGCUCAUCAUCUACCAUCAGGAUCACGGGAACAGUCAACGAUCUUGCAGCAUAAAAUUUACUUGCCUGCUACAGCCUCGGAAUCCUUGACGGAAUUUGUCGGUGAACACUCAUAUGCUGCCAGAAUAGUUGUCAAAAUGGCUGAAGGCGCUCGCAAACUCCAAUUUCACGGCCUUCCUGAAGAAGACUUUGACUUGAAACACCCCCACGGCAACCUCAUUUACUGA